AUAAAUAUAAAAGAAUAAGCAAUUACUGUCGUGUUUUUUCUCUAAAGGUGACGAGAUGACUCUAAUAUUAAAAUAUAUUGUGAAUAUUUUAAUAUUUUUAGCGCUGGAUUGCAUGGUUGCAUACUGCGCAAAUGAGAAAACCGUUCAAAUGGUAUUUGGGGUCUUCCGACAUGGAGAUCGCACUACUGACGCCGGUACACUGUAUCCCAACGAUCCAUAUAUUAACGAAACGUACGAACCCUAUGGACUGGGCGAGCUCACUAACAAAGGCAAAAUGAGAGAAUAUAGGCUUGGCCAACUGCUACGUGCGAGAUAUGCAUUGCUACUGGGAAAGCAAUACAAAAAAGGAAAAGUAAGGGCAGUCAGUACUGAUUACAGCAGAACACAGGAGUCGUUGGAAUUGGUCUUGGCAAGUCUGUAUCCUCCUCGUUGGACACAGUUGGCAUGGAAUCGAUGGUUGAAUUGGAACCCAAUCGCUUACGAUAUUGCAUCACACGUAACCAAUCGAUUGCUUAGCAUUGCCAUUUUGUACUGCCCUCGUUACGUUCAACUCUUCGACGCCUAUUCCAAAAGUGAAGAAGGUCAGCAGAUCGAAAGCAUGUUCAACUCACAAUACGAGUACAUAUCUAACCACUCUGGUUUAAACGUCACCAAACUAUUUGACCUAUUUCGAUUAUACUUCUGCUUAGUUUCUGAAAGCGAAUGGGGUUUGACACUUCCGGAAUGGACUAAGCAAGUUUUUCCGGGAUAUUUAACCAGGACAACUAAGAAAAAUUACGAAAUGCUUGUUGCUGCACCACAACUAAAUCAACUGUUUGGGGGAUUUCUUCUUGAAGACAUUAUUAGUGAAAUGAGGGCAAAAAUGAACGAGAAUGGUACCCUAAAGGAGCGUAAAAUUAACCUAUAUUCUGGUCACGAGCUUAACAUUGCUGCUAUACUAGGCGCCAUGGAUGUGUUUUUUCCUCAUAUACCCCCUUAUGGCGCAUGCGUACUUAUUGAGCUUCAUAGGCAUGACGAUAAUUAUUAUGUUCUGAUUUUCUACCAGGAUUAUUCAUCUAUGACGCUACAACCACUGACCAUACCCGGGUGCACGUUUGAAUGUCCUUUUGAAGACUUUGUAAACUUGUUGCAAAAAAAUCUUCCAGACAAGCAAAAUGGAGACCCUUGCUUAAUAACCGGAGAUUAGCACUGUUUCAGUUUUUAUCUUGAAACCACCCGAUUUUAAUCAGUUAGUUUUAUUAAAAAUUUUCAAUUA